AUGUCUGUUUCAAAAAGUGUCACUUUCCUCUUUUUGAUUUGUUCGUGUUUCGUCGGACAUGAUGCAUGGGAUCAGAUAACGACCUGGGGAUUUAGAUCUAUUUUUCUUUACGCUAAUCAGACGGCUGUGUGGAAGCUGACUUUUGAUGUGAACCAUAAAGAUACAACACUUCAAGCUUACAAGGUGGUAACCGAUUGGACUCCUACUUACUGGGUCUGUGCUCAGUUUCUAAUAUCAUUUUCAACAUUUUUGGUGUUUCAGAAAACCAAAGACGCUUACCUCAAUAAAAACAACAAGCUUUCCAAUAGAACCUAUGCAGAAGAACAAGCUUGGUCGUUUUUGCUUCAGCGUGAUGCGAUGAGAAAAUUCGUGAGAUACAUGUUCAGAGCUACCAUCGAUACCAAGUAUUUCACAGAGAAGGAUGCAAGUCGAAUGCGUGAUAUUUGGUGGAAAUCCGACAGAGACUGUAAAUCGAAUUUCACCUUGAUGCGUCCCAUUUUCAAGAACAGAACCGUUACCGAAUUCGCCAAAACUCACAAGGACUUUGGAACAAAAUUUGAAAAACUAACUGGAGAUUACUAUUACUAUCAUUUCUCGAGUGCUGAGAGACUUAACUGGACUCUGAUUGCUGAAUGA